AUGGAUCGAAGUUGGAUGAAAGCAAAACGCAUCAGUGAUGAGUAUGAGAACGGGGUGGAACAAUUUCUACAGUUUACGCAACUUAAUGCUGAAAGUUUGAGGGACAAUUAUUUUUGCCCAUGUGUUAAAUGUCUUAAUGGUAGACGACAGUCAGUUGAUGAAAUCCGAUCACAUCUGAUAUGCUACGGCAUCAUUCCGAAUUACACAAAAUGGAUAUGGCAUGGGGAAUCGGCCGACAUUCCAACUGUUUCUCAGUCUCAGGCGGUUCAGGAAGACAGCGGAGAGCGUAUAGAGGAAAUGAUCCGUGAUCUUGGACAAGAGACUUUUGAGCAAGCGCAUGCAUCUCUGUAUGAUACAAUAGAACGUGAUUCCAACACGCCAUUGUAUCAGGGGUGCACAUCUUUCACGCGGUUGUCAGCAGUGUUAGCAUUGGUAAACUUGAAGGCAAGAUUUGGGUGGAGUGAUAAAAGCUUCACUGAAUUGCUGGUCUUAUUGAAGAACAUGCUUCCUGAACAAAACACUUUGCCGAAAAAUCACUACGAGGCCAAAAAGAUUUUGUGUCCAGUGGGAAUGGAGUACAAGAAGAUCCAUGCAUGCCCUAAUGAUUGCAUAUUGUAUAGAAAUGAGUAUGUAGAACUACGGCAAUGCCCCACGUGUGGGGUAUCACGAUACAAAGUGCAACAUGAUGAAUUAACUGAUGAUGCAGGAACCAAAAAUUGUCGUCCUGCCAAGGUGUGCUGGUAUCUUCCAAUAAUACCAAGGUUUAAGCGAUUGUUUGCUAAUGCACAUGAUGCAAAAAACCUUUCAUGGCAUUCGGAUGACCGAAAAUCUGAUGGAUUACUGCGACAUCCUGCCGAUUCGCCGCAGUGGAAGACAAUUGAUCAUUUGUAUCCAGAGUUUGGGGAUGAGCCAAGGAACCUAAGGCUUGCUCUUGCUUCUGAUGGAAUGAAUCCUUAUGGUAGCUUAAGCAGCAACCACAGUUCCUGGCCUGUUUUACUGAUGAUUUACAACCUUCCCCCAUGGUUGUGCAUUUUACGUAAAUACAUUAUCCUGUGUAUGAUGAUCGCGGGUCCAAGGCAGCCAGGGAAUGAUAUUGAUGUGUAUCUUACGCCAUUAAUCGAAGACUUGAAACAAUUGUGGGAAGAAGGGGUAGAUGUGUGGGAUGCAAAUGUGCAGCAGACCUUCAGGUUACGCACAAUGGUGUUUUGUACUAUUAAUGAUUUUCCAGCAUAUGGAAAUUUAAGUGGAUACAGUGUGAAAGGGCAUCAUGCAUGUCCUAUCUGUGAGAAAAACACAAGCUUCAUCCAACUCAAGCAUGGAAAGAAGACAGUAUAUACCAGACACCGAAGAUUUCUAAAAGCUUUUCACCCUUAUCGACGAUUGAAAAAAGCUUUUAAUGGAAGUCAAGAGAAUGAAGGCCCCCCGGAAGCAUUAACCGGAAACCAAGUUCAUGAUCGCGUAAAGGACAUUGUAAGCGUGUUUGGCAAGUCCCAGAAGAAGACAUCAUCUCCCAACAACAUGUGGAAGAAGCGCUCAAUAUUCUUUGUAACCGAGUAUCGGCUCAGUCUAAGGUGA